GGCUUGCGAUGCGAUGGGGAGCUAUGUUAUGCUAUGCCAUGCCAUGCUAUGCCCUGCCUCCGCCGUCUUGUAGAGCACAUAUGUAGCCUCACAUGUCCCCUCUGCCGCCGUCGUCUCGCCCUGCACCGUGACGGGCCCAACUGUCCUAAUCUACUGCUUGUUUUCAGGCCGUUCCUCCAAUGGCAGUGCCUACUUUUUGAAAUGAUGCUGCUCUCCAGCAGCCUGCCAGCCAGCACAGUUUGCAGCUUGCCAACACCUGCCGCACCAAAAUGCUGCUACCGUCAACCGUUUGCUUCGGCACGGGAGCCAAGGAGGACAAUCCCCCACUGGGUAAGGUCUAGACAUUGCGGGCUGCUCGUCAUGCACAUGGGGGACGAAAACAGAAGAAGGGAGGAGAAGAAGAAGAAAAAAUUGAUGACCAGUGACGACCCCACCGCUCCACUUGUUUGGAGACGCCGGUACAUGUGA